CCUGCAUGGAAGCAAUAUAGGUCAUAAGACUAAUGUUACAACUUGAUCAGAUAACAAGAGUCUUUACCUAUUAACAAAACAGACUUAUCACAUCUCUUCUUAUAUGAAAUUCGUCGAAAAUGGCAAUAUGACAAAGGACACAGAGAACAUUAAUUUCACAGAAGAGUGGCAAUUGAUGACAACAAUGUUAACAACAAUAACAGUAAAAGGAUAUCAUGAUCAAAACAUGAAAUGGCCCAGCCUAACCAUUCCAUGAUAGUACCAGAGAUAUUUCAUGUGGCAAGCACAGUGUAUUAGAUUAGGAUCAUGCAUUUAGAAGCAUCUUUCCUGAAGCAUUUGUUAAGAAAAUCAGAGAAUUCAUCCUUUCACUUUGGGGCCAUGGUGAGUAUAACUUGUAACUUAAAUCACUUUUGACCCACAACAUUAUAAUGUAAUCACUUUUUGACCCACAAAAUUGUUCUUGGUCCUACUAGCAAUGUAUCCCUUCUCCAUUAUAAAACUACCUCGUAAAAUGGACAUGGUCAAUAGUUUCUUCAAGGAAAACUAACCUGUAUGGAAUGAUCAUGUCGAUAUGCCCAUCCUCACACAAGUUAAUGCGUCCAUUAGCAAAUGUAUGUUUAUGCACAUCUUGAUGAACAUGUUAUUUGAUGUAGGGCCAAUGAUACAUGCAUUUCUGACAAGUUGCACGUAUUUUUACCAAUUGCUAAUGUGCAUAAUAUACCCGAAGAAACAUUUCAAGCAUGCAUGAUACAUGUUGCACCCCCAACUUGGGGGUCUCCUAACUGCUCCCUUAUUCUUCUAGUUGAUUUGAUCUUGACAAAGAACAGCCAACAAAAAUCUUGUUUCUAUCUGAAUGUUUCUCUCUAUCUCCAUCCAUGUCAGACCCUUCUAGCACCAACUGAAUUCCAACUCAUUGAGCAAUAAUAAUAACAAGAUCCUCAUUCGUUGGUGCUUGAUCCUAAUCUCUUCUUUAAAAAUCCCACUUCCCUUGCAUAUCUAAAUCUCUCUCUAUAUCUAACCCCUUAAGGCAACUAAAGCAAUCUAACAUCAACGCCUUCAAAGAAAGAUCAAAAUGAGGAUACUAGGUUGGAUGCACAAUAAAUUACGGCACACUAGCAUCGAGCCAUUCAAGGAUUUUACAAUUGGGACCUAUUGUGCCUGCCUUUCAGCAACAACAUCCCGUGAUGAGAAAAUCUCCCAUACAAGGCCAAGGUUUGACUCCAGAUAUGAGAAAUAUGAAAAUACUCUAUCUGAAGUUGAAGCAAAGAGAGUGGAGGAGAAUUAUGAAGAUGAAACAUCUGCAGUCAUGUAUGAGCCAUUUCAUGGUUUUCUUGCAAUUGGAACUCUUGGUUCAAAACAAAUCACCAGUGAGGCAGUAACACCAACACUUCCAGUGUCUUUUGAGAAUAUUGAAGAUGAAAAGACAGAGGUGACGGAGAAUGAAUUGAAGCUCCUUAAUGAUGAACUAGAAAAGUUUCUUGAGGCUGAAGCUGAAGAAGAAGGUUGCAAUGAAUCAUUGGCAAGGAGCAGUUAUGUGAGCACUAUUACGCUUAGCGGCAUACAAACAGAGGAAGCUAGUGCUGAAGAUAAUGGAAUAACUGCAUUUUGUCCCCUUCAAGGAUAUCUAUUUGGGUCAUCAAUAGACCUGCCAGAAUUAAGAGUUGAAUCAAAGAAGGAAAAAGCAUCACUUGCGGAGAUGUUUCAUAGGACAAAGAUAACAGAGGAAAUUUCUCUAGAAGUUGAAGAAAAAGGGGAGAUGCACGCCAAGCAAGCACAUAAACCUGUGAGACACCUCAUCAAAAAGAUAUUACAGAAGUUUUAUGCUUCAUCAAAAAAUCCUAUCCUGUCUUCCAGUCAUGACGCGGACACUUCUGUUUCAACCAAGAAAAGGCUUAACAAGGUCCUAAGAAUGUUCCACAGAAAAGUUCAUCCCGAAAACCCUAUAGCUGAGAAAGUGUUCGCCGAGUCAAAUGCAAAGAUUAAGAAGAAUCUGCAUCAUAAUGUAGACAUGGUGUACCAGGAUCAGGACAGCAUAAGGUUUCUUCCAGGAUCAAAGUCAAUGGAAAGGGUACGAUGCUAUAAGAACAACUUGAGUGGCAGUAACUCGAGUAGAAAUAGGGAAUACUGGAUUAAAACAGAUGCAGACUACUUGGUGCUGGAGCUGUAGCAAAGAAGUAAAAACACAUGCUGAAUGUGAUAUUCGAUGAUAUCAACUAUUUUCUUGUGUAUUUGUGAGAUUUUAUUAGUGAUAAACUUAAGAAGAUGGAAGGAGUAAGAUGGAAGGAGUAUGAGGUACCCAUCUUAUUUUCCUGUGUAAUAAAAAGUUGUGAGUGCUAAAUGUCAUGUAAACUUCCUAAUUUGUAGACAUGAUUUGGAUUAUCAUGUAUCAUGUGCAAGUGUCAUUUGCAUUCUAAGAAAUUAUUCAGUCUCCA